ACUUGUUCUAGAUAGAGCAUUACAAUGGUGGCCCUUCCUAUUAUUGUGCCCUAGUUAGGCUAUUAGAUUACGGUUGAAUUGUUGAUCAGGUGUAAAGGGGAUAUCCAUAUGUUCUCCGUCAGACUUGUACGGUCACAAUCACAUCCACCGUUAUCUAUCGUCAGGCCUGCGAUCAUCAGACGGAAUCUGAAGCUUUUCACUACUAUGCCUGCCGCCAAAGUCAUUAGUGAAGAGCCUUUGGAUAACAAAGAUGCGAAAUGGAUCCGUCUCAAGAAGAUCCACUACACUGAUCAAGACGGAAAACACAGACUUUGGGAAUCUGCCGAACGCACAACCCGCAAGGAUUCUGGAAUAGACGGCGUUGCCGUCCUCGCUGUCCUUCGUUCCAAGACUAACGCUUUCCCCCUCUCGACGGUCAUUAUAGAGCAAUACCGUCCUCCUCUCGACAACAUCGUCAUUGAACUCCCUGCUGGUCUCGUUGAUGCAGGCGAAACGGCUGAGGCAGCAGCCAUUCGAGAAUUAAAGGAGGAGACAGGAUACGAGGCCGAUAUGACAACCGAACCUGAGUCCUCACCGAUCGUUGCCAGUGACCCAGGAAUGACCAAUGCCAACAUGAAACUCGUGGUUGUGGGUGUCCUCCUAGAAGAUGAACUCGAAACACCUACCCCACAUCUUGAUGAUGGUGAACAUAUUAUCACCCGCGUCGUAGAGCUAGACCACCUCGAUAGCGAGCUCAAAGCAUACGCUAAAAAGGGCUUUGUAGUAGAUGCUAAGCUCUCUAACUUCGCAGCAGGUUAUGCAAUGGCGAAGAGGAUCAGCAGUGGCGCAUUCCCGUGAGAAUGCCAAGGCAGGUCCUGACAUAUAAGAUGAUGGACUCGAAUGAAAAGAAAAAUCGAUUGUCGCAUGUCCAGCACUCAGACUAGUGAUAUAUAAGAUUGAACAAAACUAGAGUGCUAGUGAUACGAUUUUUUUGCACGUUCGAUGUGUGCCCUCAACUUCUGCUGCUUCUCCCUCAAGGACGCCUUCUUCUUUCCCCGUACCGCACCGCUGCUCAAUAUCAUCAUAAUCGGCUUAUUCCUUGCCUUCUCGCGAUUUGUGGAGCU